UAUAGUCUCCCUCACCCCUUCUUAUUAUCAUUCUUAUUUAUUUCACAUAUCACAAACUACACAAAUUAAUUUACUAAUUAUAAGCUCUAGUGUUACAUCUAAUGCUAUGGCUAUCAAAAUUUUGUUGAAAAGUUUACUACCUAAUUGCUUCAAUGUUAAGAUUAAUGAUGCAAUUAUUCAUCCACAUCAUGAUAAGAUUAAUGGAAAUUCAAGGCUAGGUGUUUGUGAUAUUAGUGAUCCAGAAUCACCAUCAAAUUGUAUGAGUGAAAUUUCAUCAAAUGCUAUAAUUGGAACAAAUCUUCAUGUUUUUACAUAUGCUCAACUAAAAGUUAUUACAAGUAAUUUUUCUUCUCAUAAUUUUCUUGGAGAAGGUGGAUUUGGACCUGUCUUUAAGGGGUUUAUUGAUGAUAAAAUUAAGUAUGGUUUAGAUGCUCAACCUGUUGCUGUUAAGUUGUUGGAUUUGGAAGGUGAUCAAGGACACAUAGAAUGGUUGACAGAAGUAGUGUUGCUUGGACAAUUGAGACAUCCAAAUCUAGUAAAGUUGAUUGGAUAUUGCUGGGAGGAUAAGCAAAGGCUUCUUGUUUAUGAGUACAUGGCAAGAGGAAAUUUAGAGAACCAAUUAUUUAGAAGAUGUUCAAGUAGCUUACCAUGGCUAACUAGAAUGAAGAUUGCACUUGAUGCUGCAAAGGGUUUAGCAUUUCUUCAUGGAGAAAAAAAACCAGUAAUAUAUAGAGAUUUUAAGGCUUCUAAUAUCCUCUUAGACUCGGAUUAUACGGCUAAACUUUCCGACUUUGGACUAGCUAAGGAUGGUCCGGAGGGUAGUGACACCCAUGUCACGACUCGUGUUAUGGGCACUUAUGGUUAUGCUGCUCCCGAGUACAUGAUGACUGGUUAUUUGACAACUAGGAGCGAUGUAUACAGUUAUGGAGUUGUCUUGUUAGAAUUACUAACAGGAAGACAGGCGAUUGACAAAAAACGUGAUAGUAGGGAGCAAAACUUGGUGGAAUGGGCUAAGCCAUUCCUUCGAGAUUCACACAAGCUCGAAAGAAUAAUGGACCCACGACUUGAAGGCGAGUACUCGACCCAAGGAGCCAAAAAGGUGGCUACAUUGGCUUAUCAAUGCUUGAGCCAUCAACCCAAGUCUAGACCUACCAUGAGCAAUGUGGUCAAGACAUUGGAACCUAUUUUGGACUUGAAAGAUAUACCAAUUGGCUCAUUUGUUUAUGUGGUUCCCUCAUUUGACUCUAAAAGUGGUUUGAAGACAAAAGGGAAUGAAGAAAAUAAGAUGCAUAUAAUAAGUGAUAAAGAUCAUGACAAAGAAAAUGCAAGGGAAAAGAAUCAACAAAAGUCUGCUACAAAUAUUUAAUUCACUUAGAUACUCAUUUGUAUAGGACUUUUGAGACAAGAAUUUAGAUAAUCCAAUUAGAAAUUUUAAAUUUAAAAGAGGAAGUAUCAGUUAUUUUAUUUUUAAGCAGAGAUCUCAUAUUUAAUCUUGAGAACAAAAUUUUGUAUUGUAGGGAGCGCUAGAACUCCCACUAGCGAGCUUUAUUGCGGGAACUUGAAUUAGUUGAGCUAUUAAAUUAUUAACAUCAGAUAUUUAACAAUUACAACGUAUA